UCAACCCACAAGAAGAAGAGGAGGAGGAGGAAGACCAAUAAUAGCAGCCAUCUUCGUAAUCCUUCAAUAUUUCACUCUCCAAAGGUCAGGAUGGGUCACAUGUACUCCUCGCUGCUGCCUGACCCCGGCGUGACCCCUGACCACAAGACAGGGUCGACCUUUGACCCCCUGUAUGGAUUUGCUGAGGGCAGGAAGGAGAGAGUGAUGGUAGCCACGCAGGAGGAGAUGGAGAGUGUUGGUCUGCCCCUGGACAAGCGUGACUACUGCGCUCACCUGGCCAUCAAGCACCGGGCCUGCCGCAGCGAGGUGUGGCCCUGGGCGUACAAGUGUGGCCAUGAAAAGCACAUGUACCUGCAGUGCCAACAUGAGGAUUAUGUCCUGCGAAUGAAGGAAUAUGAGAGGGAGAGGCGCCUUUUGGAGAGAGCAAAGAGGAAGGCAAGGAAGGCAGAGAAGGAGGAGAUGGAAGAAUGAAGAAAAAGAAGAAGAAGAAGAAGAAGAUG